AUGGCGGAUAACAGUGGUGUUGUCUCUCUUUCUCAAGCUCCAACAGCCGAAAAUGACUCAUUGGAGCACACCCUUCUGAGUAUCCCAACACUCUCCGCCUCCGAAGGUGGAGGUGGCGGUGUCUCUUCCAAGUCUAAUACUCUCAUAUAUCAUCAAUAUUGUCAACAACACCUAAUACCUCCUCCGUCUUGGGGAACCCCCGCUAGGAAGCUUAGAGGCAGACCUCCGGGAUCGAAGAACAAGCCUAGGCCACCGCUCGUGAUAACCAGAGAGAGUGACUCGGUUAUGAAGACGGUGAUUCUAGAGAUAUCCGCUGGUUGUGACAUUAUCGAUACCGUUACCAACUUUGCUCAAAGAAACCAUGUUGGUGUUACGAUAAUCAGUGCCACCGGCUCAGUAUCAAACGUUACACUCCGGAAUCCUGUUCCUCACGCGCCGUCUCUCUUUCUCUUUGGAUCUUAUGGGCUACUCUCUUUGUCCGGUUCGUUCGAUGCCUCUAUCCCUACUCUCUCUUCUAGCAUAACACCCCAACCAUCUUUGUCUUGUUCUUUUGGGGUAACGCUUGCUGGGGCGCAAGGGCAAGUGUUUGGAGGGAUGGUAGGAGGGAAAAUAAUGGUGGCGACGGAGGCGACUCUGGUGGCGGCUACUUUUGUAAACCCUUCUUUUCACCGUCUGCCAUGUGAAGUUGCUGAUGACCAAGUUCAUCGUCAAGAAACCAGGCCUCGUGGUGUUCAUGCUAACGAUGGCGGUGGCAAUAGCGGAGGUGAAGGUGGCGGUUUUGUAGGUGGUGGAACCGAGUCUUGCUCUUUUACCGGCGUGUCCAUGCCUGCUUAUGGUGUCGCAGUACCCGCACCGCUUAAUUAUCAAACAUCUCCCGAUGUUAUGACUCGGGGUCCUCCUCCCCCUUGUCCUUAUUGA